CGGGGCCGGGAAGCCGCUGCGCCGUGUGAGGGGCGGCGCGGGGCUCCGUCGGGAGGUGCCCCGAAGCGGCGGCGGCGACGAUGAGGCGGGACGUGCGGAUCCUGCUGCUGGGGGAAGCCCAGGUGGGGAAGACCUCCUUGAUCAUGGCGUUGGUAGGCGAGGAAUUCCCUGAAGAGGUGCCCCCACGUGCAGAAGAGAUCACAAUCCCAGCAGAUGUCACCCCCGAGAAAGUCCCCACCCACAUUGUGGACUAUUCAGAAACUGAGCAGACAGAUGAGGAGCUCCAGGAGGAAAUUACCAAGGCAAACGUGGUCUGCAUGGUAUAUGACGUGACGGAGGAGUCCAGCAUCGAAAAGAUUCGGACCAAGUGGAUUCCCAUGGUGAACGGUGGUGCUGAAAAGGGCUCCAGAAUCCCCAUCAUCCUUGUGGGAAACAAAUCGGACUUGCAGACGGGCAGCUCUAUGGAAACCAUUUUGCCCAUCAUGAACCAGUUCUCGGAGAUUGAGACCUGUGUGGAGUGCUCUGCAAAGAACCUGAAGAACAUCUCUGAGCUCUUCUACUAUGCACAGAAGGCUGUUCUGCACCCGACAGCCCCACUUUAUGACCCAGAGGACAAGCAGCUGAGGCCAGCGUGUGCACGAGCACUCACGCGGAUUUUCAGUAUGUCUGACCAGGAUAACAACCAGAUCCUAAGUGAUGAGGAGCUGAAUUAUUUCCAGAAGUCUUGCUUCGGGAAUCCCUUGGCCCCCCAGGCUCUGGAAGACGUGAAGAUGGUGGUGUGGAAGAACACGACGGAUGGAGUCCAGGACAACGGCUUGACUCUCAGUGGCUUCCUCUUCCUCAAUACCCUCUUCAUCCAGAGGGGGCGCCAUGAGACCACGUGGACCAUCCUGCGCCGCUUCGGCUAUGAUGAUGCUUUGGAGCUGACAGACGACUAUCUUUGCCCGCUGAUCCGGGUGCCCCAUGACUGCUCCACGGAGCUCAAUCACUUUGGCUACCAGUUCCUGCAGAAGAUUUUUGAGAAACAUGACAAGGACCGUGAUGGAGCCCUCUCACCUGCUGAGCUGCAGAGCUGCUUCAGCGUGUUCCCCUACAUGCCCUGGGGACCUGAGCUUUACCACACGGUAUGCACCACUGAUAAAGGCCUGCUUUCCCUGCAUGGAUUCCUCUGCCAAUGGACGCUAGUGGCCUACCUGGAUGUCCACCGGUGUCUGGAACACUUGGGCUACCUGGGCUACCCCAUCUUCUCUGAGCAGGAUUCUCAGAUUCACGCCAUCACAGUUACACGGGAGAAGAGGACCGACUUGGAGAAGGGCCAGACUCAUCGGAAUGUCUUCCUGUGCAAAGUGGUUGGAUCCCAGGGCGCUGGGAAGUCUGCGUUCCUGCAGGCUUUCCUUGGGAAGAACCUAGCGGCCCAGAAGAAAUCCCAGGGUAGGCAGACAGUCUAUACAAUCAACACGGUGCAAGUCAAUGGCCAAGAAAAGUAUUUAAUACUGCAGGAGAUCGAUGUGGAGGCAGAGUUCACAAACACGUCAGAUGCCUCUUGCGACGUUGCCUGCUUACUGUAUGAUGUGACGGACUACAAGUCUUUCAAUUACUGCGCCAGUAUUUAUAAGCAGCACUACGUGGACGGACAGAUCCCUUGCCUCUUUGUGGCCUCCAAGUCGGAUCUUCCACAGACUUCACCCCAGCGGGGCCUCUCACCAGCCGAGUUCUGCUACAAGCACCGCCUGCCGCCACCAUUUUAUUUCACCUGCAACAGCCAAGGGCCACCCAGCCCUACUGUCUACACCAAAUUGGCCACGGCAGCUACCUUCCCGCACCUGAAUGACAUCGACCUGGGUGCUGCCUCCUUCUGGAUCCGAGUAGCCUUGGGGGCCACCGUGGCUGCUGUGGUUGGCGUCACCCUCUACAAGGCCGUGGCAAAGAACAAGUGAAAGGAGGAAGGGAGUGCAAGCCCUCCACUGUUUCUCCGCCCGUCUCUGGGAAAAGCCGGCUUCGUUUCUCCCAGAUGAGUUGCGCGCCCAGGGAGAAACAGGGAGGGAGAACGUGACGGAACCUGGAAGAACUAACUCAUUCCCCGCUUCCUCGCUCCCCAUUGCAGUGGGAGAGGAAGACCACCCUUGCACCAGCAGAAGCAGAAAUAGCCACUGCGUCAUGCUGCUGGCGUGGGCUGAGGCUCACUUUCAUUCCGUCUCCCCGAAGUAUUUUUCCCACACUCAGGGAGUGCCACCCUCUUUCCUAGCCAAUGUUUCAGGUAACCAGUUCUUCACUCUGCUGCUAGACAUAUCCCACAGCUGACCUUUAUUUAAUUUAUUUUGGGUUUUAGGGUUUUUUUUAUAGGACGUCUUCAAAGUCUGAAGCUGUUGCUGUGCUCCAGCAAAGCAGGCGUGUGCAUUUUUUUGUUUGUUUUAAGGUUGCUCCAAGCCUCAAAAAACAGCAUGUUCAGCCUCAGGAUUCUCCCUUCGGCAUCAAAUUCUGCAGGGAAGAGGUAGUUUUGUGCGUACCAUUGCAAACAAAGGAGAGGCCAAAGACCUGUGGGAGGGCUGUUGGGUUCACACAGUUUUGUGGCGUCUGCUGCUUAAAUGGAAGCCUUUAUUGGACAUAAUUGACAAAGGGGGUUGAGAAAAACUUUAAGAAUGGACAGUAAUUCAAAAAUUUGGGAGGGUGGAGAUUAGUCUGUGGUGAGCUCCCCUCUCAGGAACGCCCUUGUCUUGGUGUUAACGUCCUGGCAUUGGUGUGUGGGUGUGCCACGUUCCAUUUGGGUAGUUGUACUGGGCCUCGUUGCUCUGGUGUCUCGGAAGCCCCUCUUGUUGCCCUGAUUCUCUUGGGCAGGCCGAAGCCGUUGGUCCAGGGCCUUGAAUACUCUGCUAGACCUCAACGUGACAAAGGGGGCGCUGGACCGUUGCUAAGCAACCACCCACCCCAUCUGUCCUGUUGGCUGUCCUUCCCCACAACAGGCCUGAUUUCUGUUCGGGGCUUUUUAGUGGUGUUGACCAGGGCAGUUGCUGUGGUGGAGGAGGGGGGCAUUGGCGUUGAUGGUCACACUCCCCUCCACCUCAAGCACGCUUGGUCAGUGUUUGAAUAGUUCUACUCUAGCUUGGCACAGAGAUUUUAACGGGAUGCUUACCUUGGAAACAGGCAAGCGUUGCAUCUGCUACAUUUCUGCAUGUCAGGCUGUUUGUUGAAGAUACAAGAGCUGGACCCGUUAAAGAAAGGAAGCGCAUGCAAGGGAAGUACACCUAGCCCAGUAGCUUUCUGUGGCUGUGGUCCCAGGGGCCCCUCCUGACUCCUGUUUAUAAACAGUCAUGUGAAUAUGUACAUGAUAAAAGGAAAUAAUUUCUGUGCUUUUCUUUGGCACCAGUUCAAAUUGAAAAGGGACCUCUUUGAAGACAGGUUUGGUGCAUUUCACUUGGUCCUGGUGGUGACCAGAUAAGGACCUUUCUCUUCAGGGUCCUUGCCCCUAUCCCAGUGUCCCACACAUGGUGGAGGGGUCCUUUUCUGACCUCAUUUUAGGACACAUUCCUAGGGUUGAUGCAGCUAGAAGAAUCCCUGUGCCCACAAAUCUUUGGGGGGAACAUGACUGUGAAGCAGCCUGAAUCUGGAAACAGGAAGCAGCUACAUACCCACCCCUUUCUUCUCCAGCUGCUGUGAUCACAAGAACAACCGUAGUCACAUCCACGUUCAUUCUAACACUUCUCCACAGAAUCAUUUGCCUGUUAAGCAGGACUGAGUUUCUGAACUGGCCCACUUAGCUAGCACUGCUUGAGAAAUAGACCUGUUGGCAUUAGGGCUGCCAGAGCCCGUGCGUGUCCCGUGAGAAGCUUGGAGGCAGUGAGGAAUUCCGCUGCUGCUCCACUUCCCACCCCCGUUCUGCCACUCCAUUCCCCCCCCCAGCUGCUGUCAAAAGAGGCAGGCUCAUUUAGGAGGGCUGAUGGUGCUCCGGCUACUUCUGCUUAGUAUAGAUUGAAAGCUACCCUUGGGCACGUCUUCCUUCUCCUUGAGUAGGGCUGUUCGGUCCCUCAGUAGGCAGUGGCAAGUUCCUCUGAUGAAACCCUUUUGCCAUUGGCACGUCCGGUAUUAACCAUACCGGAGGUGGGAUAACAUCACUGACGGUUUCAUUUCCAUGCUACACAGUGGCUCUGUUGCACCCACAGGAAACAUGUUGUCUCCUCCUCCAGUUAGCAAAGCCUGGUAUUGAUCCAGAAGUGUUUAUCGGCCCUGGUUCCCCCCGGGGUUUCAUGCUGCAUGCUGAUGUUUCCACUACAGCUUAUCAGCAGAGGACUGCAAUGGGAUAUUCCAACACACCCAGUUCAGAAUCUGCACAUUGCCAGGGACACAAGGCUACUGUUUUCAGUGGCAGCCCUGCGUUCUUCAGUACCACCCUCAGCCUCCCAUCCAACUUGGGAGCUGCCCCUCUCAUUUUUAUUUCUCUUAGUCCUUCUGUGGUAGAAAGUGGGCUGUCGGACUGGAUAGCUGAUUUUCAGUCACAUUGGCAUUGCUCAUAGGCCUAAGGAUCCUCUCUGAUGUCCCCCCCCAAAGAGGAUGACUCCCUACUCUAGUUUCUAAGCCUCUGUUCUUUUAGCUUCCUGUAACAGCCCUGCUUUUCACCUGUCCAGUGCCAACAGAACUGGGAGAAUCCUUGGCUGCAAAUCAAAUAAUUUAUGCUUGAAUCCCAUCCUUCAGCGGGCACCAGCAGAGCAGACAUGACUUACAGCAUGCUUGCAGGAAGGUGCUGGGUCAUGUGUGUCUGCCACUGCUUUUAGAAUCCCACCCCCCACCCCCCCAGAAAACAAACACAUUCCAUAGUAUACGGUGUAGACUAUAGUCUUUGUCCUGGGGCGGAAUGUCUUGUGCACAUUCCAGGCUCAGGGUCAGUUUGUUAACUUGGUUUCCUUAUAAUGGGCACCCAAGGCAGAUUGGGAAGGGCUGGGCGAUCUCCCUACUAGAUCUGCUUAGGAGGUCAGUGGUAGUCUUUUCAGAGCUGGUUGAAGGCGGUUGCAGUAGUCAGAGCAGUGGAAGGGUACUGGGCCCAUCGUUUCUGGGGCUGUGUGUGUGCGAGAGAGAGAGAGAGAGAAACAGACGGCAGAAAGCACAACACGGUGUUUGGCCACUGCUGAAAGUAAUUAGGGCAUCAUCUGCACAUGGGACAGAAUGAAGUGUUAGAAAUUGCCAGAUGAGCGGCUACCACUUUGCAGGUGGGGGGGGGGUUACCACUUUGGAAUAUUCCUCCACUCAGAAAACAGGUUGCACAAUAGAAAAGUAGUGCAUGGAGGGGGAGGGGGGAAUCUAGCCCAGGCCUUUGUCCACAGUACUGUACCCUUCUGUUCCCACUUCUUGCUACACAUGGAAACCAGGCCCCAAUACAGGCCUUUAAGGCCGGAAACCACCUCCUAAACCCAGUUCCAUAGUCUCUUGCUAUCUCUAGGGUAUCCCAUAGCUGGGGAGACUGUUUAGAUGCGCCUGUUGUCUGUUCUAUAAACGGAACCCUCAGGACGAGGUGAAGUGGGGGGAAGGGAAAUUGACGGGUCAUUGACAGGAAUGAUACAGCUGAGUUGUGCACAGACGGGGGACAGGAGAGGGCAGAUUUGGUUCAGGGGGCUUCCAGUUGCUUACUACUGACAGUGACCUUGAGGACUAGAGUGUUGCACUGUAAUGCUUCAGGGCAGGGGGCAGCACUUUCUCAUGGAUCUUCAGGAACGGUGUUUUUGACCUCUUUGGAUUGCAUCUCAGAAGUAGCCCUUUAAACUCAGGAAGCUGCCUGCUGGACCACAAACAGUGUUGCUCUUAGCAAAAUCUCAGUACACGUGAAAUUUCAUUCUUCUUCUUGGUUCAAAAGUACCAACGCAGCAUCUUUUCUGCCACCAGACUAAAAAAAACGUUUAAUGCUCAAUAGCUGUUUGGUUGCCUGGGUUGGGGGAACUGCAGUAUGCACUAGUGAAAAUUAAAGAAAUACAUCCAUCCUAAAACUUAACAUUCUUUGAUGAAGGGAAAAGAGGACCAGUGACAGGAAAUGGGACCUGUCCCCCUCUUGUGCCUGCGUGUUCACUCCACUUGGACCUGUAUCCUGUACGUUUGCUUGCAGUUAACUGUGCCAGGUCCAAGCAUCUUUACUGUCAAGUCCAGGUCAUGGACUGAUACCUGAGGAAGGGUCUCGCCUGAAUUCAUUUCCUUGUGGCCUCUUUGAUUGACAUCUGUAUGUAUGCAUUUGGUCUGGAGUUGGGUUGAUCACUAGAAGCAAGUAGUCCUUCUCUUUACUUAGGGGGUGUCAAGCUCUCACAGUACCCCUCUUUUCUCUGCUAGAGGCUGCAACUGAUGCAGACUUGAAAACUGGUUGUGUGACUGUUUUAGCCCCAAUAUGUCUGUCACCUUCCUGGUACGUGUUUCAGAACCAAAGUAAGUAGGUGGCCAUUCUCAUAUUACCUGUUAAACACACCUUCUCCACUUCCCGCUAGACUAAUGCACACAGGCGGUAACUGAAGUGUUCCAGGGCUGUGCAAUGAUUUAGACGGGUUAACUACAUGGUCAUGGAAGUUCCCAUAAAGAUAUUUACCUAGGAAAACUAAGAAGAGGGCUCUUCUCUCAAUGCAUGCAUAUAUUUAUAUGGCGGAGCGUUCAGUCCAGCCAGUCCCCCCCAAAUGCAGUGCAAUGGGGUGCAAUCCAGGGACACUUUUCCCAUCUUGUUUGCGUUGGGUAAAGUUAACAGGAGAAUUGGCCCUAAAUAUAAGUGAAGGCUAACUAGCAUCAACCAUAUUGCAUGCAGGAGCUGAGCUUCCUGACCCCUCUGGAUUCAUUCGAGAUAGCCAGGAAUCUCUCUCACCACGCACCAGGGAAUGGUACAAAUUGUGCGUUUACCUCUUGCCACCUUCCCCACUCUGUGUCUGGUGUGCGCCAUGCAUGGGGCAUUGACCCCCAACAACUACGAGUGAGACCUGCGGAGCCUUCUUCACAAAGGGGAGAGGCUAAAAUGGGCUGCCUGCUCCACCCCACCUCCGCAGGCAGAAACUCUUAUAUGGCCAUACGACUAUCACUGACGACUGGAAUAAAUUUUUAUGCAUCUGG